UUUGUCAAAUUGGCUGGAAAGCGCAGAUAAAAAGUAGUGGUUGUUAACAAUGAAAUGACUCCUCAUAUUGCCAACAAUGAAGCCCAAGUUCCAGUAGCAGAACAACAUUCUAACAAUUUUCGUGAAGAGCAAGUGCCCUCAGAACAGGAGCCAUCCGACACUUUUCCUCAAGUGCUUAGACAAGAAGAAGAAGCUAUUGCUUUUCCCCAUUUCGAAAUCACAUUGAAUAAAUCUGACUGGAUUCAUAGAUUGUAUGUCCCUAAGAUUUUUGCAGACCAGCACAUUCACUUGCAUGCUAGCAAAACAAAAUUAAGGAGCAAGCUCAUUUGUGAUAGGAAGGAAGAAAAUGUCGAUCUUGUUGGGAGAUUAAAUGGCAGCGCAGUUACAGAGUGAGAUUUGAGAAAGGCUGGAAUAACUUCUGGAGUCCAGUGGACCUAAGGAAGGGAUGCAUAUUGGUGUUUAAGUUGACCGAUUCUGAAAAACAAACUUAUAGAAUUGAGGUCGAAUCAUCAAGGAAUAUAAAUGUCAGUAAGAAUUAUGUGAAUGAUUAGCACAAUGUUACAUAUUUAUGAGUACAAUUUAUUUUAUAUUAAUGCUUUUGAUGUUAUAAAACCAGACAUGAUCUAAUUUUUACUGUUUGACAGUUUG